UAAGGGCGUGUGUGUUGAGGUCACCCUUCUGGCUAAACUUUUUGCCACAGUCUUGGCAUUCAUGAGGUCUUUCACCAGUGUGUGUAAGGGUGUGUCUGUUGAGGGCACUCUUAACCGUGAACUUUUUGCCACACUCUUGGCAUUCAUGAGGUCUUUCACCAGUGUGUGUACGGGUGUGUGUGUUGAGGGCACUCUUAACACUGAACUUUUUGCCACAGUCUUGGCAUUCAUGAGGUCUUUCACCAGUGUGUGUAAGGGUGUGUGUGUUGAGGGCACUCUUAGCACUGAACUUUUUGCCACACUCUUGGCAUUCAUGAGGUCUUUCACCAGUGUGUGUAAGGGUGUGUCUGAUGAGAGCACUCUUAACACUGAACUUUUUGCCACAGUCUUGGCAUUCAUGAGGUCUUUCACCAGUGUGUGUAAGGGUGUGUGUGUUGAGGGCACUCUUAGCACUGAACUUUUUGCCACAGUCUUGGCAUUCAUGAGGUCUUUCACCAGUGUGUGUAAGGGUGUGUGUGUUGAGGGCACUCUUAACACUGAACUUUUUGCCACACUCUUGGCAUUCAUGAGGUCUUUCACCAGUGUGUGUACGGGUGUGUGUGUUGAGGGCACUCUUAACACUGAACUUUUUGCCACACUCUUGGCAUUCAUGAGGUCUUUCACCAGUGUGUGUAAGGGUGUGUGUGUUGAGGGCACUCUUAGCACUGAACUUUUUGCCACACUCUUGGCAUUCAUGAGGUCUUUCACCAGUGUGUGUAAGGGUGUGUCUGAUGAGAGCACUCUUAACACUGAACUUUUUGCCACAGUCUUGGCAUUCAUGAGGUCUUUCACCAGUGUGUGUAAGGGUGUGUGUGUUGAGGGCACUCUUAGCACUGAACUUUUUGCCACAGUCUUGGCAUUCAUGAGGUCUUUCACCAGUGUGUGUAAGGGUGUGUAUGUUGAGGUCACUCUUCUGCCAAAACUUUUUGCCACACUCUUGGCAUUCAUGAGGUCUUUCACCAGUGUGUGUAAGGGUGUGUGUGUUGAGGUCACUCUUCUGGCUAAACUUUUUGCCACAGUCUUGGCAUUCAUGAGGUCUUUCACCAGUGUGUGUAAGGGUGUGUGUGUUGAGGUCACUCUUCUGGCUAAACUUUUUGCCACAGUCUUGGCAUUCAUGAGGUCUUUCACCAGUGUGUGUAAGGGUGUGUCUGUUGAGGGCACUCUUAACCCUGAACUUUUUGCCACACUCUUGGCAUUCAUGAGGUCUUUCACCAGUGUGUGUAAGGGUGUGUCUGUUGAGGGCACUCUUAACCCUGAACUUUUUGCCACACUCUUGGCAUUCAUGAGGUCUUUCACCAGUGUGUGUAAGAGUGUGUCUGUUGAGGGCACUCUUAACACUGAACUUUUUGCCACAGUCUUGGCAUUCAUGAGGUCUUUCACCAGUGUGUGUAAGGGUGUGUGUGUUGAGGUCACUCUUCUGGCUAAACUUUUUGCCACAGUCUUGGCAUUCAUGAGGUCUUUCACCAGUGUGUGUAAGGGUGUGUGUGUUGAGGGCACUCUUAGCACUGAACUUUUUGCCACACUCUUGGCAUUCAUGAGGUCUUUCACCAGUGUGUGUAAGGGUGUGUGUGUUGAGGGCACUCUUAGCACUGAACUUUUUGCCACAGUCUUGGCAUUCAUGAGGUCUUUCACCAGUGUGUGUAAGGGUGUGUGUGUUGAGGGCACUCUUAGCACUGAACUUUUUGCCACAGUCUUGGCAUUCAUGAGGUCUUCCUCCAGAGUGUGUGGGUGUGCUUGGUGAGGUCAGCCUUCCCAGGGAGUCUUUUCCCAC